AUGCAAGGCAAAUUCAGCGGAUUCCUAGGGAAAGCCCAAGCUGCUCUCAAGGACGGACAAACGAGAGCGGUAUCAGGUGGUUCCAACUUGAUGCAGUCUUUCUCUCUUCCUGGUGAAUCGCAAAAAGCUGCUAAAAUACUCAAGAGUUUCCUCGCCGACCCUACAGCUCCUCAAACAGCUUUGAACUCAAUACCCAAAGCAGUACUACAGAAAGCCAAAGGUCUCGCGGUGUUCACUAUCCUCAAGGCGGGUUUCGUAUUCUCGGGUAAAGCAGGAUCAGGUUUAGUCAUCGCUCGUCUACCUGAUGGAAGUUGGAGUGCACCGAGUUGUAUCGCCACGGCAGGUGUGGGAUGGGGAUUGCAGAUUGGUGCAGAUAUGACAGAAGUGGUCAUCGUGCUCAAUUCUGAUGAAGCCGUCAAAGCGUUCUCAAGAGGUGGUAAUGUUACGGUAGGAGGUGGCAUAUCGGCUGCUGCUGGACCUAUCGGUACUGGAGGUCAAGUAUCGGCUUCCUUGGCUAAUCCAGCUCCCAUGUUCAGCUAUAGUAGAUCCAAGGGACUCUUCGCAGGAUUGACGUUAGACGGAACAAUCCUAGUAGAAAGGAAAGACGCAAAUAGGGAUUUUUACGGAAGUACCAUUUCGUCGACAGAUAUCUUGACUGGGAGAGUACCUGCGCCUGAAAUCGCUGGCGAGAUGUACGAUAUCAUUGAAGCCGCAGAGGGUCUCGACGAAUCUGGACUUCCUGCCGAGGCCUACGUCCCAGGUCAAGGGGGCGAACCACUCCCUGUACCUAGUCCUUCGACGGGUUAUCCGACUGCUCCCCCAGCUGCAUCAUCUGGUGUCCCCCCAACUUCCGCUGUCCCUCCCACCGUACCCGCAGCUGUUCCGGGUUCAGGUAACAAAACUGUCUUCGACGCUACUGCUCCUUGA